GUUGAUCGUUGUCAGUGUUGUUGAGCGCAUGGUUUAAUUUCUUUUUGUUGAUGCACACUCGCUUUUAAACAUUCUCAAAAUAAACUAGAGAAAAAACGCUAAACCGUUAUAUAAAUAACAAAAACAACCAUUGCGUGCGGGAGUUAAAAAAAAAAAUAAAAUCGAAAAAAAUAUCUACUAACGGUGCUUAGAUAAAAAGUGUUGUUAAUACAGCGUGUUUUCAUUUGCGGUAUUAUUAAUUUGUGUUGCAAUUAUUGAUAUACAACUGACAAGUGUUAAUUUUUUGUAAAAAUCACAACGAGGAGUUAUUGAAAUUUUUAUAUUUGUAGAAUGCAGACAGUAAUCAAAAAUCCGAAUUGGUGGCGCAGACGCACAACAUUAGAAAGAUGUCUUACCCUCGUGUCAGUAUUCGCCUGUAUAGCAGUAAUCGGUUUAGUAAGCGGUUUGGUAUUUGUAUUGCUUACAAAUCAAAUGGCUGAAGAACUUAAAACCACUACUCCCGCUAACAAUGCUCUCGCCCUGCACGGCGACAACACUGGAGCAACAAUGAAUAAAGUACCUGAUGAUAGCAAAAAUAUGGCAUUCCCCUUGAAUUCCAAAAACUCAGAUGUUUGUCUAUCUUCCGAGUGUAUACACACGGCAUCGGCGGUGUUGAGUAAAAUGAAACCUGAAAUUGAGCCCUGUGAUGAUUUCUAUCAGUUUGCCUGCGGUACUUAUAUAGAUGAGACUCAAAUUCCCGAAGAUAAGGUGGCUGUUAAUACUUUCUCAGUUAUAUCGGAUAAAUUGCAAGAACAAUUGAAAGAUAUUAUUACUGAGGAAAGACCAGAAACAGAUCCAAAACAUUUUAGAUUACCUAAUGCUUUAUACAAGGCCUGCAUGAAUAAAACUUUAAUUGAGACCUUGGGUGCUAAACCCAUACAACAAAUUGCUGAAACUUUGGGUGGUUGGCCAGUAAUUGUGGGCGAUUCUUGGGAUAGUGAUAAUUCAUGGACUUGGCAAGAGACUGUUAAGAAAUUUAGACGUUUAGGUUUCAGCAUGGAUUAUGUGGUGGACUUUUCCAUAGGUGUCGAUUUGAAGAACAGUACCAAACGUAUAAUUGAUUUGGAUCAAUCUUCCAUUGGCUUAAGUCGUGAGUACUUGGUUAAGGGUUUCAAUGAAACAUUAGUCUCGGCCUAUUAUGACUACAUGGUAGAUAUGGCUGUACUCUUUGGUGCCGAAAAGGAAACAGCCAAAAAGGAAUUAAGAGAAUCUCUUCAAUUCGAAAUGGAUUUAGCUAAUAUCUCUUGGCCCAAUGAAAAAAGACGUAACUCUAAUGAUUUAUACAACUUGCGCACCAUCAAACAAUUACAACAGGAUUAUCCCUAUGUCCAAUGGUUAGACUAUAUUAAUGCUUUAUUACCCGAGGGUCUUCAGGUCGAUGAAGAUGAAGUGAUCAAUUUGUCGGUGCCCAGUUUCUUUGAGGAUUUGGAUAAGUUAUUGAAACGUACCAAUAAGCGUGCCAUUGCCAAUUAUAUGAUGUGGCGUAUACAUGCCUUCUCGGUGGCUUUCCUAUCGGAAGAAUUCCGCAAAAGACAAUUGCAAUAUGCCACUGCCUUAUCGGGCAGACAGGAACAGGAGGCCAGAUGGAAGGAGUGUGUGGAUAUUUCCUCGGGCAGUUUAGCGAUUUCGGUGGGCUCUCUCUAUGUGCGCAAACAUUUCAAACAGGAUUCCAAGGCCAUCGCUUUAGAAAUGGUUAACAAUAUACGCGGUGUCUUCAAUCAAAUACUCGAUGAGGUUCAAUGGAUGGAUGACAUGACUAAACAGGAGGCUAAAAGAAAAUUACACUCAAUGACCACUCAUAUUGGUUAUCCCGAUGAGAUGUUGGAUAAUGAUAAAUUGGAAGAGUAUUAUCGUAAAUUGGAUAUUGAUCCCGAUAAAUAUUUCGAAUCAUUCUUGAAGAUGAAUGUCUUCGGUACGGAUUAUUCAUUCAAUAAAUUGAGAUUGCCAGUAAACAAAACCGAUUGGAUUAGACAUGCUCGCCCAGCUGUGGUAAAUGCUUUCUACUCAUCGAUUGAGAAUAGUAUACAAUUCCCCGCUGGCAUCUUGCAAGGUCACUUCUUCAAUGGACAACGUCCCAAGUACAUGAAUUAUGGUGCCAUUGGUUAUGUUAUUGGUCAUGAAAUCACUCACGGAUUCGAUGAUCAAGGUCGUCAAUUUGAUGUUGAUGGUAAUCUAAUCGAUUGGUGGCAACCCGAUACUCAAAAAGCCUAUUUGGAAAAGGCUAAAUGUAUUAUAGAACAAUAUGGCAACUAUACAGAUAAACAGACAGGACUUAAUCUUAAUGGCAUUAAUACUCAAGGUGAAAAUAUUGCCGAUAAUGGUGGUAUUAAGGAAUCUUAUUUGGCCUAUAAACAAUGGGUGGCACAAAAUGGUGAAGAACCUAAAUUGCCCGGCUUAAGUUAUUCACCACAGCAAAUGUUCUGGAUAUCGGCAGCCCAAACGUGGUGUGCUAAAUAUAGAAAAGAAACUCUAAAAAUGCGCAUUACCACUGGUGUCCAUUCACCUAAUGAAUUCCGUGUUUUGGGCUCUUUGAGCAACAUGAAAGAUUUCUCCCGCGAUUUCCAGUGUCCCGAGGGUACACCCAUGAACCCUGUACAGAAGUGUGAAGUUUGGUAGAUUUAAUAGCAUGUGUUUUUUUUAUUAUACAUAUUAUUAUUAAUAAUACUUUUUUUAUUAUAAAAAAGAAAUAUCACUUUUUUCCUCCACCCCCCCUUCACCGUUUUAUAUGUGUGUAAUAAUGUAAUGUUUUUUUUAGUUUUAAGUUCAUGUUUAUUGUUUUAAUUUUUUUUUAUAAAAUAUUUUUUUUUGAACAAAUGUGCAAUUCUACAGAUUAUUUUGUAGUUUAUUUUUUAAGUCAGACCUUA